GAUGGUAGCCACAUUCAUCCUCUUGUGAAGCUUUCGGGAAAGCAUCUUUAAACACAUUCUGUCCUGCGGAGAAGGAGACAUCCUUUCGUCUCGUUGGUCACAGACCUACAUCGAAACACUGCUUGCCUUGUACGCAAGACACAUUUCACUGGCUCGAGCUGUCUGAUAGAUAAUCGUGCAACUUCCAAGCCUCAGGAACAGACGAGAGACGCGAUGAAAACUUGAUGAUGAAACUGCAUAGGCUGUAUGCGUAAUUAGAGCUUCUGUCGGGAAAGCGUUUGGCCGCGUCUUGGCGCGCGAAAACUGUCACUUUUGCACGUUCCCGUCGCUAGACACCAACAUGAGGACCUCCGCCAAUUCACACGCAUCAACAUCAAAUUAAAUUGCCUUGUCAAGUGUGACCAUGCGUCUCGAAACACUUAAGACGUUCUCGUCCAUGGGCGUACUUUACGCCCUCACAGCCUACGCCUUUCCCAUGAACGCGCAUGUCGGCUUCAACUAUAAGAGAGGUGUUAUUGGUGUCAUUGGCUUCAUGAUCGUCGAAGGCGUUUCUCACGUGCGCGAACUUCUAAGGCUUUGGGACACUGAUCCUACCGAAUACGCGCAGUCCACACCUGACCAACUUUAUCACACUCUGCAACUCAUCACUGGAACGGCAUUAUUUGGAGUACUUUUCGGAAUUGCAGAAGGCUCUCGUAUCCUCAGACGUGUAUACAAUCUGACGACCCUACCAUUCUUCUCGACUGUGACUAUAUAAUAUCCCGAGCCUCGGAUGGUCGCCUUUCCAGCCAAGCAUGAUUAGCAAUUCUGCAAGAUCAUAUUUUGCCUCGCACACAUUGGCAGACUACGCUUAAGUCUAGCUUGAGAAGAAAUUUGGCCGACGAUUUCACCAUCUAGACACACCAGUCCGUAUAGCGAAUCAUCACAACGAAUGCUC